AUAUUGUAUACUAAACGACACCGUGGUUGCGUUUAGAACAACCUUGUUGAUCACAAAUAAUAAAAAGAAAAGAGAAAUUUGGGCCGGCUUAAGACGAAAGCCCAAUAAUGAGGCGACGUCGUAUAAGGCACAACGGUCAUCUCCAAAUUUGGAAAACGACAAGAAACAGAGAAGAGAGAGUGAUGAAUCAUCAGGACUGUGAAUCAUGAAUGCAAAAGCUUUGUACGGAGGAGGAGAAAAAGUUUGCGAUUUCGUAGCCCUUGAUACGUUUGGUGACACACGAUGAUGACAUCUGUCCUCUCCUCUCUUUAGGGUUUUGCCGAGUAAUCCCAUUCUCUUGUAUAUAUAUAUACUAAAUGUUCAGAAACCUCUAGCUGCCUUUGGCUUACUACUCUGAUUCUGCUUGCGUUGUUUGCAUCCCCUUUGGUUAAGUAACUGCAGAUGGCACUCCCACCCUAUGAUCCCAAGUUCACAAUGGCAUUCCAAUUCGGCUACGAGCCAGAGAUUGAGACUGACCAUGAGCACGAUGAGUCUGCUUCUGCUGCUAUUGUAGCUGCUGAACUGAUCAGUUCUGCACGGCUUGCACUUAAGCUGGAUACUGUCCAUACUGAGUACUCAGCUCAGUAUUUGGUGGACAAUGCUCCUAGCUCACGCAGGCGCAAGCUCACUGUCAAAGGCUGCCUUGAGUUUGCGUUAAAGAAAGGCAUACCGAAAGCUGAAGAUUGGCCACAGUUGGGAUCUGUGUCAAAGCCUUCAUCAUCGUACAAACCUCCUCUCGUUUCCAUGAAAGGACAAGUCAUUGAGCCUAAGAAUAUGGAUCAAGUACGUGACUUGUUGUUGCAUCAACCCGUGGGAGCAAAACUGCAUGUGUUCAGUCCACACGUUGAACUUCAACAAGACGGAAUUUACUGUGGUUCGUCAGGUGAGCCAGCAACCUAUGUUGGGCUUAGAGAUGGGAUCGUUCUUAAAGUUGAGAAGAUCUAUGGAAAGUCCAUCGCAACAGUGAAGAUAUGGUACAAGCAGAAGUUCAUAUUUCUGAAAGUGGCUUUGAGCAGAAUGUUUUUUCACAACGGUCGUCGCCCAGGGAUGCCGGACAUAGGGCCAACGGUUCUGCUUGUUGACUUUUGUGUCCCACGCCUAUCCAUCGAUUAAGCAUCAUCUGUUAUCUUAAUAAGUAUCUAGGAUACAAUAUGCUACUAGUGGAAGGAUAUGUUUCUGGAGACUUUUUUU